AGUGUAGUUGGGACUAGUGUAGAUGGGACUAGUGUAGAUGGGACUAGUGUAGUUGGGACUAGUGUAGUUGGGACUAGUGUAGAUGGGACUGGUGUAGAUGGGACUAGUGUAGAUGGGACUAGUGUAGAUGGGACUAGUGUAGUUGGGGCAUAUUGGUUGGCAUGGCCAAGUUGGGCCGAAGGGCCUGUUUCCACACUCUAUGACUAUGAUCACGUUCAGGCAGAGGAGAUGAGUUUAACUUGGCCAUGUUUGGCAUUGACAUUGUGGGCCGAAGGGCCUGUUCGGUUCUGUGGUGUACUGUUCUAUGUUCUAACAGAAGUGAAAGAUCAGGUUUGUCCUAUAUUAUGGGGUACCCAUAGAAUAACAAACUUUAACUCAGGAGGGGGAGGGCAGAGAAUGGAUAAAAGAGCAAGAAAAAAAUAAAACAGUGAGGCAACGACCAGUGAUCAGAACUGGGCAACAGAUUGAAAGCAUCAGACCAAGAUGGUGUAGGAGUUAUGUUACUGCAUGGUGGUCCCACAGAGGAUCUGCUUUCUUCCUUUAUAUCUGUGGAAUUCUCUGCCUCAGAGAGUGGUGGAGGCCGGUUCUCUGGAUGCUUUCAAGAGAGAGUUAGAUAGAGCUCUUAAAGAUAGUGGAGUCAGGGGAUAUGGGGAGAAGGCAGGAACGGGGUACUGAUUGGGGAUGAUCAGCCAUGAUCACAUUGAUCGAAGGGCCGAAUGGCCUACUCCUGCACCUAUUGUCUAUUAUCUAUAGAUCAUCCCGCUCUUUUAAAUCUCUAUUUCAACAGCAGCAGCAUUUCACUCACCAAACUAUUUAAUCCCCUCGCACUAAAUGUUGUGUCCUUUAUCUGAUUGUAUCCAUGUGUAGCCUUUUCUUUGACUGGAAAGUAUACAAACAAAGGCUUUUCACUGUAGCUCGGUACUCGUGUCUGGUCUAAACUAAGAUCCAUGAAUCAAGAAGCAACCAACCAAGAAACUAAAUCUGACUGAAGGAAAGACACAGCAGCAAAGAUGAUGGAGUGGAGCCUUUACACAGCAGGGUGAAACCAUCUCUUGAUUCCCCCAAAUCAAACAAGAGAGACAAGAUUUAAAGGGAUAGUCUCCCAGGGAGUGGAACGCCAAAAAAAAAUAAACAACUGGGCAUGUUUUCCUUUAUGAUUGGAGAAACUGUGAUUUUGAUCAUUUAGUUUGUUGUUUGUUAAACUGCCUGCCACCUUUGUGACAGUCACACCCAAUGUCAGGAAACCUUCCCCUGAAUCUCUCUGCCCCUUUAAAACAUGGAAAACAAGGUUCAGGUGAAAAUAGUAAAGGAUUCUGAACUCAAAGCUAUCAUUAAGAAAAAAUCAUUAUUUUCAUUAAUUGGUCCAAAAAGAUUGAAGGGGACAAAGUUAUGUGAAACUCCAUUAGCUUGCCAAACCUUCUGCUUUCCCUUUAAGAUCCCACCCCCGUAUUCACUGACUAAUCCCCUUGUGUGAAGACAGAUAACACUUUAGAUCAUGGUGCAAAUGUUGAUUGUCUUCUGAGAAAACAACAGUGGCAGGCAGCAGUCUCUUGGUGUGGCUCCUGUGCUGAGCACAGCAAUCAGCAUGAGAAAGAGCUGGGAAGUAGACGGAUGUAGGACCUUCCCACCACCGUCUCCAGCUUCAGACACAGGCAUUGCUCACCUUCUGCAGUGAGGGUGGGAUCAUGCAGCAGCUAUGCCUCUUCCUUCUGGACAGGCUUCUCUACUUGACCUCCCACAGCUGCGCUCUCCUCAUCUGAGGGAUUCUUCAUCCCAGAGUCUAAUCUUCGACAGUCUGACCAGCACUAGAAUGGAAGAGAUUUCUGAUCCUGCCAUUGGUGAUGUCAAUCAUCCUUCAAAUCAGCUACAGGAUAAAAGGGACCCCAAUUCUGAAGAAGACUGCGAUGAAGAAAACCCAGGAACUAAGACUGAACAACGAGUGAAGAAGAAAAAUUACCAACGCUAUCCAAAGCCUCCGUACACCUACCUUGCUCUCAUAACCAUUGCAAUCCUUAAUUCUCCAGAAAAGAGGCUGAAGUUAUCCCAGAUUCUGCAUGAAAUCAGUGUCCUGUUUCCAUUUUUCAAGGGGCAUUACAAAGGAUGGAAAGAUUCUGUCCGACACAACUUGUCUCUCAAUGACUGCUUCAUUAAAUGUGUCCAGGUUCAACUCCUGAAGGACAGUGUUGGUGCACUGGUGAAGCAGCUUGAUGACCUCCGGGCCAUCUGGGAUAAUGAUAGUUUCCUGGACAGGACCUACACAGCCGUUGAAUUGUCGCCGGAGCAUGUUGGUAAGCAUUUUACCAGUCUUCCCAAAACGGUGUCAGAGUACGUCAUGGAGACCGAUGACCAGGAUGAACAAAAAUGGUGUUACUGUCAGGAGGUGGACAGCUGGAAAAUGAUCAUGUGUGACAACACAAAAUGGCCUAUUGUGGUUUCAUUUUGA